AUGGUUAAAAUUAAUAUUAAAUCAUCUACAGACAAUAAAUUUGAUGUUGAUGUCGAGUUAGGAAUCACAGUUGCAGAUUUCAAAAAGGUGAUUGCAACUAAAUGUAGUAUACCAGCAGAUCAACAAAGAAUUAUUUAUUCUGGUAGAAUUUUAAAAGAUCAUCAAACUUUAGAUGAAAUUAAAAUCCAAGAUGGUCAUACAGUUCAUUUAGUUAAAGGUGCAGCUCCACCACCACCACCACCAGUUGAACAACAAGUACCAACACCAUCAAAUACACAACCACAAGGAAUUCCAGGUGUACCACAAAAUAUUAAUGAUAUGAUGAAUAAUCCAAUGAUUCAAGAAAUGUUCAACUCUAGAAUGAUGGAUAGUUUACUUGAUAAUCCAGAUAUAUUUAGAGAUAUGAUGAUGGGUAAUCCAGAGAUGAGAGAAGUUUUAAACAAUAAUCCAGAGAUGGCACAAAUGUUAAGCGAUCCAAGACAAUUACGUCAAUCAUUGGAAAUGAUGAGAAAUCCAGAGCUCAUGAGAGAAAUGAUGAGAAAUGCCGAUAGAGCAAUGAUUAAUAUUGAAAAUCAUCCAGAGGGUUUUAACCUCCUAAGAAGAAUGUAUACAGACAUUCAAGAACCAUUAAUGAACGCUGCAAAUCAACAAGCUGCAAGUCAAAAUCAAACAAACUCUAAUCCAAUUCAAACCAAUACUGAUGCAAAUCCAAAUUCUCAACCAUUACCAAAUCCAUGGUCAACUAAUUCAUCAUCAACAUCCUCUAAUCCAACUUCAUCAUCACCAUCUUCAAGACCAACCACAGGUUCCUCAACAAAUACAGGUGCAUCAAAUCCAUGGGCAAGUAUGUUUAGCGGCGGCGGUGGUGGUAUGGGUGGUGGUACAAACAAUACAGGUACAAACAAUACAGGUUCAACAAACAAUACAGGUGCAUCAAAUCCAUGGGCAAGUAUGUUUGGUGGUGGUGGUGGUGGAAUGGGUGGUAUGGGUGGUAUGGAAGGUAUGUUAGGUAUGGAUCCAGAAAGAGUCCAACAACUCUUGAAUAACCCAGUUGCUCAACAAAUGAUGCAAAGAUUAAUGUCAGAUCCAGCAAUGAUGCAACAAAUGAUCACUAUGAAUCCACAACUCAGACAAAUGAUGGAUUCAAAUCCACAACUUAGAGAAGCAAUGAAUAACCCAGAAUUCUUAAACAUGAUGACAAAUCCUGAAAAUAUGAAUGCAAUGAUGCAAUUACAACAAGCAAUGGGCACCUUACGAAAUAAUGGUGUUUUCCCAGGUGGUAUGGGAGGAAUGGGUGGUAUGGGUGGUAUGGGUGGUAUGGGUGGCAUGGGUGGUAUGGAUUUCAGUCAAUUUGGUAAUAUGUUUGGUGGUAUGGGAGGUAUGGGAGGUAUGGGUAAUAAUAAUAGCUCAACUACAAGACCACCAGUUAAUCAAGAACCACCAGAACAAAGAUUUAGGUUACAAUUAGAACAAUUAGAGGAGUUGGGUUUUGUUGAUAGAGCUGCAAAUAUCUCUGCUUUAACAUCGACUAAUGGAAAUAUCAAUUUGGCCAUUGACCGUUUAUUAAGAUAA